GGCGCUGUCACCGGGCGACCGGCUCGGGCCCGGAAGCGGCAGCAGCGGCAGAGUGGGGUGCAGGCCCGAGCGCGGCGGCCGCAGCGGGACCGCGGCCGGGCAGGAGUGGGAGGCCGGCGCCCGGCUCGGCUCCGGCGAGCCGGCCAUGUCUCGCCAAGCCAAAGAUGACUUCCUGCGGCGCUACACUGUCUCGGAGCCCAGGACCCACCCCAAGGGCUACACCGAGUACAAAGUCACCGCGCAGUUUCUUGUCUUGCUUUUCCAGUUCAUCUCCAAGAAGGACCCUGAGGACAUCAAAGAGGUGGUGGUCUGGAAGCGGUAUAGUGACUUCCGCAAGCUUCACAGUGACCUGGCCUACACACACCGCAACCUCUUCCGCCGCCUCGAGGAGUUCCCCGCCUUCCCUCCUGCCCAGGUGUUUGGCCGCUUUGAAGCGUCAGUGAUUGAGGAGCGCCGCAAGGGGGCAGAGGACUUGCUCCAGUUCACGGUGCACAUCCCCGCACUCAACAACAGCCCCCAGCUCAAGGAGUUCUUCCGGGGUGGGGAGGUGACACAGCACUCUGAGGUGUCCAGGGAACUACACAUCCUGCCACCCCCACUGAUCCCCACGCCACCCCCUGACGAGCCCCAGCUGCCCCCACUGCUGCCCACGGAAAGGCGGGGCCUUAAGGACUCAGAAGUGCCAGGUGUUCCUGUCCCCCGUGGCCUCCCUCCAGUGGACCCCAUGCCAUCCAGCCCUGCCCAGGAGGCCCUGGAUCUGCUGUUCAGCUGCGGCAGCCCCGAGGAGGCGGGGGCUGCUCCCCCUGCCCGAGGGCCCCUCACCGAGGCCGAGCUCGCCCUCUUUGACCCCUUCUCCAAGGAAGGUGCAGGCUCCAGCCCCACCUGCUUAGGGGAGCUGGCCAUGGCAGAGGUCGAGCCCCAGCAGCUGGGUCAGGAACCCUGGGAGCCGGGAGGUCAGGAGGAGGAGGAGAGCGAGCGAGACAAGUCCAUCCCUGCCUAUGUGGGCCGGGCCACAGAACUCAUCACCCAGGCCCUACGGGACGAGAAGGCGGGCGCCUACCCUGCCGCACUCCAGGGCUACCGGGACGGCGUGCACAUCCUCUUACAGGGGGUACCUGGCGACCCGUCCCCCGCCCGCCGUGAAGGUGUGAAGAAGAAGGCGGCCGAGUACUUGAAGCGGGCCGAGGAGAUCCUGCACCUGCACCUGUCCCAGCCCUCGCCCUGAGAUGGGGUGUCCUGUUCCAGGGAUCCAGCUCCAGCACUGCCAGCUGCCCCACCACCCGGUCCUCCCUUCAGGGCCUGGCCCCCUACUUCCUGAGCUCAUAACCCCAGGGGGCCAUUUCCAUGUGUAACUGGACCAAAAAUAAGAACAGCAAUGGA